AAAAUGACUCUAACGAAAGUUGGGACACGUUUAGUAGUGCAUGAAGAUUUAUCAAAAUACCGAGUACCGGAUUUAUCGGAACAGAAAAACGCAGGCUACGACGGGCGAAUGGAAUGGAGGCAGACCACUGCAAUGCUUAUAGCGAUAAAUAGGUUCCGGACGGCGGUGCUCAACUUCAACGUAGAUGCUGUUAGGAAAACUUUACGGGAUCUUCAGGAUGUCACUACGGCAGGCUUUUCUCAUUUUUCUAAUGCGCUUUUGUUAUGCAAAAAGCGUAUUGGGCAGAUUGGACGCUUACUAACUCUAUUAUUCAAUCGAAGUUCGGCGGAACCAACCAAAGAAGCGUUACUAACAGCAAUCUGUAUUGGAAGCCGGCCACUUGUCGAAUUCAUUUUAUCGCUUUUCUACGAAUUCCCGGGUGAAGAGCGCAAUGGUCAGUGGCGGUCUGCUUCCGAAAAACCAAAGGAAUGCCGUAAUUAUGAGGGUUUUGCACGUCCUGAGCUUCUGUCCACUAUUUCCAACAAAUGGGCAUCUGCAAGCAUGUGA